GCUUUGGCUAGCGUGGCGGAAAGUUUAAAUUUUAGUUGAUAGAUUUUAGCGUUUUUGUUGAUGAAAUUUUUGUAUUUCAAUGAAUUUUAGAAAAGAACGUAUACAUAGGCAUUCUAUGAUCCAUAACUGAUUUAUUUUUGAUGACCAAAAAUUCAUUUCGAUCUAAUGAAUUUUGGUUUGUAAAUCAUGUGAUCGGACAUAGUAUGUUGUGCGUAUAUACAGGGGUUCAGAGAAUGUAAAUAAAAGUUAUUUGGAGGUUCAACAAAGAUGAGUACAAAGGAGCUAUAUACGCCGUAUUUAUCGAACUAGAUUAAAGAUAAUUGGAUUUCGCGUCAAAAUUUAGCACCUGAUUAUUUUGCACGUGCCUGCUAAAUUUAUCAUUAACAUACAGAUAACUCAGAGACGAUGGAGGAACCAGAUAGACGUCAUUCCACUGUGCGUUCAAUAGUACAUUAAAACGUCGAGAUCUUUCGACGAAAAUGAUAAUUCAAAAUUACAAGAAGGCCGUUUACUACUUAAAAACGUCAGGAAUAUGCAUGGUUGUUGUCAGUGGUUGCUGGUUUCUAUAUCAAGUGAGACAAACCUCGGUGCUGCUAAAUUCUGUUGUGCCAACAAAUAUUCUUGAAUUAGAGCAUAAACAAGCUCAUUAUAUUUACAUCGAUGAUCCACGACUCAAAGAUAUUUUUAUGUUCAGCCAUGAAAAUGAUUUACAUUCAUCCCUCAAAGAAAAACCAAAGAAUCUAUCCUACGUAGUUACCAAAUGGUGGAAAUCUGUGAACCGUAAUCUAGCCUUUCGACUCUUUCAUUUGGCUUCCACAGGAGACAAAACAGAGAGGAAGAAAGCUGUACAUUCUCUCAGUUCCUUAAAACAUUUAAAAGAUUGGCAUUAUCGACAAAUUGCUCAAAUGUUAGAUGCUAAGACUGCUGUUGCUCUGGCAAGAUCUCCAAAGGCAAAUUUAAGAUUUUUUUUGAACCCACCAUAUUUUCAUGAACGAUAUAAACUUUACGAAAUUGUUGAUAAACUUCACAAUUUACUGAUCAAACUGAAUGCACUAUGUGGAGGAUGUCACCCAUGCUUAUUGCAAUUUUUACACAAAUUUCAAAUAUCUCACCGUGAUACUACAUUUUUUGAACAUGACUUAACUAGUGUUGGAGUGUCUGUACCUCCACCCAUAGUCUGGGAUCAAAAUUUUUUACUAAACUGUGUUCAUGCUGUUCAUCAUCAUUCUUCAUUAGAAGAACAUAGUAAAGACGUAGCUGAUGCAGGAGGUCUGCAGAUUCUAAUGAAUGUUUACAAACUCGUGGGUGAUAAUGUAGAUAUAUGUUCACUGAUAGCUAAGAUACUUUCAAAUUUGUCCUUACAUCCAGAAUAUUUAGAAGAUAUAUUUAGAUCAGGUUGGAUUGGAAUUUUAGCUUCGUGGUCGCGUCACAAGGAUAUUCGUCUAGCAGCUCCAGCAAGUAGAGCUCUUGCAAAUCUUGAUUUUGACGAUAACGAAGAUGAAAAGUAUUCUCAAAGAAUUUAUCCUCUCUACCCUUUACAUAGAGUCGACUUUAAAAAGAAAUUAGAUGUUGUUUUUAUACAUGGUUUACUUGGUGGUAUAUUUGUUACUUGGCGUCAACGAGACAUUGAUACCUCUGUACCUGUACCUAUUUCUAAAGAUGAGAAAGUCAGCUUAAGAGCCAUUGUAGAUGAUCAUCCUUCAGAAUUUUUGAAAGAUUUAGCGCGAGACUUAGAAGUUCGAGAGUGGCAACGACUCGGCUAUGAUUAUGAAGUCAUAUUGCACGACUGUCCAGUGAACAUGAACAAUAAAGCUACAGGGCCAUUUUUUUGUGAUGGUGAUGACCACUGUAUGCAGCAAAGCGAGAGAGACUGCAUAUCACGGACACAAUGCUGGCCAAAAGACUGGUUACCAAAAGAUGUGCCAAAUUUACGUAUUAUCGGAAUUAACUAUAAUACAAAUCUCUCUAUGUGGACUCCGUUAUGCCCGAUUGAAGGUGUUAGGAGCACAAUUAAAGAGCGAAGCAGUGAAUUUACGAGGAAACUCAUCAUGGCUGGUGUGGGCAAACGUUCAAUUGUCUGGGCAUGUCAUUCAAUGGGUGGACUUCUUGUGAAACAACUACUUGUUGAAGAGUGGAAAAAUGGCGAUAAAAACAAUCUCGUUCGUAACACAAAAGGGAUUGUUUUUUACAGCACACCACACAGAGGAUCUCACGUUGCUGCAUUGAAUCAAACUACUCAAAUGUUAGUUUGGCCAUCUGUAGAAGUACAAGAACUUCGAGAACAAUCACCUAAUCUACUACAGCUUCAUAACGAUUUUUUGAAAAUGCUUCAAGAACACGACAUAGAAAUAAUUAGCUUUGGAGAAACGAAACCAACCCGAGUAACUGCAUUAAAGGUUCCUUUUAGAUUCGUAAAUCCUAGCUCUGCGGAUCCAGGUGUAGGCGAAUUUUUCGAAAUACCACAGGACCACUUAUCUAUUUGCAAACCUGCAAGCAGGCAAUCUUUCUUGUACCAAAAAGUUCUCGCCAUGGUUCGACGCCAUGUUGGACCUAUAAACAAGAGCAAUCUUAACUUGUUUUUUGAAAAAGUUAUGUAAAUUCUGAACAAAAUUGUAUGUAAAAAUAUCUGUAAAUAUUUAUUGUAUACGAAAAAGACUAUUUUUUUAUAUUAAGUUAAUUUAAAAAAUGUUAUUGCAAAACUGUUUUUGCUGGAUAGCAAAGUGAAAUGAAACAAAAAUAUUAAAAAUUAUUUUUGUUAUGAUAUUAGAAAUGUAUCUCUUAUGUGACUGAAAACUUAGUAAUAGCGACAUAGUUACCAGUCGAGAAACGACAAUUUAUAGUUAUUUGAGCGAAUGAUAUAUGUUUCUUUACACUUGUUUAACCUGCGAGAUAGUUUUCUGUGAUAAAAUAGGUGGCGCAUGGUUGCCUUUCUAUUCUAUUCGGCGCAAUCUGCAUGCAGAAAGAAUAUAUAGCACAGUAUGCCACCUGUGCCAAAACAGCCUUGUUGAUCCUGCUGCUUGGAUCGCUCAUGUUAUAACUGCGUCCAAGGCAGUGCAGGUCAAAUGAAGAAGACAUUUUUAUAAUAAAAAGAUUUAAUGAAAUCAUAUAAUAAUAUAAAUUAUGUUGCUAACAAUUUAAGCUUUUCAAAUUAUGUACAAAUUUAGCUUAAAGGAACUCUGGUUAAUAAAAAAAAGUGUAAUUACGCAAAA